AUGACGCAAGUCCCACCACUCCCCGUCGAGAUUCAACAUCUUAUCAUGAGCUACCUGCCACCAAAAUCACUUUUCCAAACGGCCCUUGCCAGCAGGCAAACCUGGGAGCUCGUGAAGAAUUGUCGACUCAAAUACUUUGAAGAACUGCUAAUCCUCAGAGACACUUCCGUUUCCCUUGUACCCAUGGCAAGCGGUUGGGAAAUUGAGGUCUUACACAUUGAAGCUCCCCAGACGCUUCAGAUGCUGUUCAGUCACGCCACCCUCGAAAGACUCCGACUUGGCAGCGAUUUUUACUUCACGGGCAUGAAGGCGAGGAACCUGGAAAUCGAUUCAGAUAACACGAGGCCGGAUGUUGAUCUAUUGCAAAUAUUUCAACCGAACGGGAAGUAUAAUUCGAUCCGCGUGGCCGGACUCGAAAAUCCGAGCCUGGAAUUCAUCGAAUACAUCAAUGAGAAUUCACGAGGAUUCGAGGUGGAUAGAGUGCCGCAAUUCCAGAGCUACCUGGGGAUAAGGACCGAGUUUCUGGAAUUCCGAGCCCAUCCGGAUGAGGAGCCAGCGGACCGGCUACCUUGUGUCUACAUGCGGGAUUGGGUGGAUGGGAAGCGUGACUUUACACGAUGUCGAUUCAUCGGAUGGCCAUACGAGAUUAUGAUGGAUAUGAUAAUG